GAAAACUUCCACAAGGUGUGAUGCAGUAUCUUAAUACAUCUCCUGGUUCUCUUUUGAGACUCUGCAACUUCUUCAGAGAAGUGCCUGCUGCGUAAAGCCCCAGUCUCCUGUACAAUGUACCAGUCCAGCUUUGUGCCACGGGAAUAUUACCCAGGCAUGAUCCCACCUUCUGCCUACGCCUACCCACCGCUGCGGCCUGGGAGAGCAGAAGACAUGACCAGCUCCGUGAUGUUCCCUCCCAUCCACAUGCACAACUUCUACAGUCGACCCAUCACCUUUGUGGUGGACCAGAACAGCUACCCUGACUAUUCAGGUGGUCAGGUGGAGUAUCAUCAUCUCUAUAGUGCCUCCAAUCCCUAUAUCCAUCCAUACUACACCUGGCACUUCCCUCCCAUGGUCCCCAUCCCUUUCUACAAUCCCUAUGCAAACUACCAUCCAUACGCUGCCUACCAGAGGUCAGAUCAGUAUCGAGACACGUGGCCAGAAGGCUUUACAAUGAGAGGGGAGCUUCAAUGGGGCAAGCUUGGAAAGGUGUUUGGACCAAGGAAAGACCUCCCAGAAUUUGUGAAGGAUGAUCUCCGGAGGGUUUAUGGUACCUACCCACGGACCAAUGUCUCCAUAUCCUAUCGGAAAGGAGAGUUCUUGGUCAAGGGAGACCCCAAGAUAGAAGAGCAGGAAUAUGCAGUGGAAAAAAAAGUCAUCCAGCAGGCUGUGACCCCCAGUGCCAGUGAGGCAGAUGACAGCAGUGAAGACCGGAACCGUAAGAAGAAAAAGAAACUGAGACAUUGAUGUAGCCAGUCCCCCAAUGGACAGGUGCUCCAGUGCCCUCAUGGGAGCCAGUUGACAGCUGUUCAUGGUGCAUUUGACAAGUAGCACAAGCAGUGGAUGCCACCACUCCUGUUAAUUUUUAACUGCUCCCCAUCCUCCACAAGCUUAUGGCAGCUUUACUCUGUUUGAUACACAAUGCCCAUCCUUUGAAGAAGCCACGUGACACUUGAUUGUUGGAUCAGCUCAUUGGUCCUGGUUUUGAAAUGAACAUUUGGUUUCCACUGGUUUGGUUGAGUGGUCACAGUCUGGUGGGGGGAUCUCCAGACAGUAGCCCUUGAUUAGAGAAGAUGGGCCUCUUCCUACUUUGUCCAAGGGAAGGGCCUGUGAGGUGGUUCCCUUCCUGGAGAGAUCAAAGCAGGAUUUCCUCCAGGCUGAGGGCAGCGCAGGUCCCAGAGGACAGAGGGGUUCUUGAAUACUCUAAAGAGCAAUUGUCUGCAUAUCUUGUCACUGCUGUUUAUGAUCAUACCAUUGUGCUUAAUCACCACGUGAUGCCUGUAUGCAGCACUUCCCUACACGCUGACAGAAGGUCCUGGUGUUCCCAUCCUCUUACACUUGGUAACCUGGUGCUCAGUACUGCUGGCCACAUGUCCUUGUUGAAAUUGCUGCUUGAGGCCCUGCUCUGGGUCUGACUUGGCUCUGGUUGAAGGUACUGGCUCUCCAAUAAUGUUACUGGAGUUGUGUGAACCACAGCACUUCCACAGCUUAGUGGUUGUGCUGAAAGAGUUGUGUUGGAAGCCUGGAGGGCUGUUAGGGUCUGGGUAUGACUUGCUUGCAAACUUCUGUACCUUUUAAAUUACUAUAAACAAUUAAAAACCCAAAUGCAAAUGCUUAUAUUUCUGAUUCUUAGCUAC